AUGAGCAUUCUCGUCAAGCGCAUUACAGGCAAGACAAGCACUCUACCAUAUGUUGAUGCAGGUGAGACAGUUCUGUCUGUGAAAAAGAGGCUGGAGGAUGUUGAAGGUAUUCCAGUCGACCAACAAAAACUGAUCUUUGCCGGCAAACUCCUCCAGAACGAGCAGACCUUGUCCGACUACAAAUACCAACCGGGUGAGCUCAUACAUUUGUGUCUGCCUGGGCUCCGAGCCGGACCAAGGUAUGACGCAGUACUGGAUCACCAGUUCCAGGGCCCCGUCCUGGAGGUUUUGUCCACAGACUGUGCGCAUCGGGGUGAUUGCCCAGUUCUGGCUCGGUGCCGAGACUCGUACGAGUACACCGAGGAGGCUUAUGUUCACAUGAAGAGCUGUUACCACGGCGCACGCAUCCCUUGCAGAUACGGCUCAGAUUGCCGGGCGCAUCAACGCCUGAUCCGUGGGGGCGAGCGACUUGACGACAGGCGGGUUUGUGUAGCAGCCCUUGCAUGCACAAAGUAUGCUUCAAGCUGCCCCAAGGUUGCGAUCCUGUGUGUAACUCCGGUGUACCAGUAUGUAUAA